UCACAUUUCUCUCAGGAAAAUUUAUUUGCAAUCAAAUAAAGUUUCCUUUGCAAUCCUUUGUAAUUUUAAUUAUAUAAAAAUCAGAAAACAUAUAAACCAAUCGUCUUGUAAGCGCAACGUGCAAGUUGAUACAUACACACAUUUUCAGUGCUUUUGUUUUGUAUAAUAUUUGUUCAAACGAUCCAAUCUUUUACACUCGGUGAUCAUGGACUUGUGCAAACAAAACAACAACCACAUCGUCGCUGUUUCCGCCGAUCCGUUGAACUGGAACGCGGCGGCGGAAGCUUUGAAAGGGAGCCACUUGGAGGAGGUGAAACGUAUGGUGGAAGAUUACAGAAAAGGUGCGGUGCGGUUAGGAGGAGAGACGCUGACGAUUGGUCAAGUUGCAGCCGUGGCUAGCGGAGGAGUGACGGUGGAGCUGGCGGAGGAGGCUCGUGCCGGAGUUAAGGCGAGUAGCGACUGGGUGAUGGAGAGCAUGAACCGUGGCACGGACAGUUAUGGAGUCACCACAGGGUUUGGUGCAACGUCCCAUAGAAGAACUAAACAAGGCGGUGCACUUCAAAAGGAGCUUAUUAGGUUCUUGAACGCCGGAAUAUUCGGUGCCGGCGUCGGAGACACGUCACUCACGCUACCUAAGUCGGCAACUAGAGCAGCUAUGCUCGUCCGUGUCAACACUCUCCUCCAAGGCUACUCUGGAAUACGCUUUGAGAUUCUUGAAGCCAUUACAAAGCUUCUUAACAACGAAAUCACUCCAUGCAUCCCUCUCCGUGGCAGCAUCACCGCAUCCGGCGACCUUGUUCCUCUCUCUUACAUCGCCGGACUGCUCACCGGCCGUCCCAAUUCAAAAGCCGUGGGUCCCGCCGGUGAGACUCUCACUGCCUCCGAUGCCUUUAAGCUAGCCGGAGUACCGUCCUUUUUUGAGCUGCAGCCAAAGGAAGGACUGGCUCUUGUGAACGGGACAGGGGUCGGAUCGGGUCUGGCUUCGAUGGUUCUGUUUGAGACCAAUGUUUUGGCGGUUUUGUCUGAAGUUAUGUCUGCGAUGUUCGCGGAGGUCAUGCAAGGGAAGCCGGAGUUUACUGAUCAUCUAACGCAUAAGCUCAAGCACCAUCCUGGUCAGAUUGAAGCCGCUGCGAUUAUGGAACAUAUAUUACAUGGAAGCUCUUACGUUAAAGAAGCUCAGCAGCUUCAUGAACUGGAUCCGCUUCAAAAACCUAAACAAGAUCGGUACGCGCUAAGGACGUCACCACAGUGGCUAGGACCACAAAUCGAAGUGAUCAGAGCAGCGACCAAGAUGAUAGAGCGCGAGAUCAACUCGGUCAACGACAACCCUCUCAUCGACGUCUCCAGAAACAAAGCACUACACGGCGGUAACUUCCAAGGCACGCCUAUCGGUGUCGCCAUGGACAACACCCGCUUAGCCAUCGCUUCCAUCGGCAAACUCAUGUUCGCGCAGUUCUCCGAGCUCGUGAACGACUUCUACAACAACGGCUUGCCUUCAAACCUAUCCGGCGGGAGAAACCCUAGCCUCGACUACGGUUUCAAAGGCGCGGAGAUCGCCAUGGCCUCUUACUGCUCCGAGCUCCAGUUCUUGGCUAACCCCGUGACGAACCACGUCCAGAGCGCCGAGCAGCAUAACCAAGACGUUAACUCGCUAGGGCUGAUCUCGAGUCGGAAGACAGAAGAAGCUGUUGAUAUCCUCAAGCUGAUGUCCACGACCUACUUGGUUGCCUUAUGCCAAGCCGUUGAUCUGCGUCAUAUCGAAGAGAAUCUCAAGAAAGCUGUUAAAGCCGCGGUGAGCCAGGUGGCGAAACGGGUGUUAACGGUUGGUGUUAACGGCGAGCUGCAUCCGUCUAGGUUCACGGAGCGUGAUGUGCUCCAAGUGGUUGAUAGAGAGCACGUGUUCUCAUACGCGGACGAUCCUUGCAGCUUUGCUUAUCCGUUGAUGCAGAGGCUUAGGCACGUUCUUGUGGACCACGCUUUGGAGGAUCCGGACCGCGAGGCUAAUGUUUCGACGUCGGUUUUUCAGAAGAUAGAAGCGUUUGAGGCGGAGCUGAAGGUGGUUUUACCUAAGGAAGUGGAGCGUGUUAGGGUGGAGUAUGAGGGAGGGUGUUCGGUUGUGGGUAACCGGAUUAAGGAAUGUCGGUCUUAUCCGUUGUACCGGUUUGUGAGGGAGGAGCUGGAGACUGAGCUGUUGAGUGGAGAGAGUGUUAGGUCGCCGGGUGAGGAGUUUGAUAAAGUGUUCUCGGCGAUUUGUGAUGGGAAGGUUAUUGAUCCUUUGUUGGAGUGUCUCAAGGAGUGGAACGGAGCUCCGGUUCCGAUCUGUUGAAGACAGAUUGGAAUCGAAGAUUCUUAAGUUAUCAAACUUUUUCUUAGUUUCUUUAUACAGGAUAUGUGUGUGCUUUUAUGUUUCUUGGUUCCCAAGACACUGAAUGUUCUCAAGACUUGAAACUUUAUAUGUACUCUCUCUGUAUGAUAAAAUGCUCUGUUUUUAAGAA